AUGGACGACACCUCAACAACAAACAGUGUAACGUUCCAAGUCCUCUAUCGCAUCCCCUUCCGCUACCUCUACAUACCCGGCCUGUACAUCCUGCUGCUCGGUUUCCUCACCUUCGGCCACGCAUUGCACACAGUUUGCACGCACCAGGACCCAGGCGGAUACUACAAAUUCUUGAUCUGGCUCGUCCUCGUGUUUGGGUACUUCGUAUCUCAAGCCGGCGCCCAUCUCUGUGUGGUCUGGCUUACCUUCAGGGACCUGCAGUUCCCAGAUGUGAGAGGAAGGCACAUAGUCAUGACCGAUUCCGAACAGCGCACAAACAAGGUCCUCCGGAGCAUCGCUAAGCUCAUUCCGUGGCGCUACGCGUAUAUACCUGGUCUAUCGCUCGUCGUUCUCGGCAUCGUCGUUCUUACGCGAUCACUGCGCUUGCAUUGGACGCAUAUUGAUCCUGCGGGCUGGGAUACGAUGUUACACAUUCAUUUUCGCACGGUGCAGGGAGUGUCCCUCGAAUUGGCAGGCUUUGUUGUUUGUAUGGGGUCGUAUGUCUUCAAGGGUGUGGAACUAGAGGAUGUGGAAGAGACGCAGUCAAAGGCUAUAGACAUCAGCAACGGGGUCGCUCUUGGGCGGAAGGUGGAUGUUUCAAGCGGGCAUGACGGUACGCGUUGA